GCGUUAAGUUAUGCUAUCUUAUGAUCUUAUCUGCGGAGUCGUCCAUCCAAUUUUUUAGCGACCAGCCGACAACAACUCCGUCAAUCGUCCGCCGUUUUGUUCAUCUUCUCCGUAUUGCAUUGCCAUUCAAAAAUGUGCUAUCUGUUGCACCAACACCCAUCCAAGGUUCUAUAGCUGCGGUUUCUUCGGUAGCUGCACCAACACCCAUCCAAGCUUCUGUAACGGGUUCCAAGUUUAUAAUCUUAAGAUUGGGGAGUUUUCAAGACUAG